AUGGCCUGUUUGACCCUGGAUGACUUUUUGGACGUCUUCGGUGACCCAGCUGUCACUGGCAAGGUGAGUAGCGACAUUGCAGAAGGCAAGUGCAGCUGGUUGGCUGCCGAGGCCAUCCAGAGAGCUUCUGCCAGUCAAUUGCGCAUUCUUGAGGAAAACUAUGGCCUUCCUGAUGCAACUGCUGUUGCUGCCGUGAAGGAGGUAUUCGUUGAACUCGACCUUUCUGCAGUCUACGCUGACUUCGAAACAACUAUUCGGACCGAGAUUUUGGACUUGAUUGCCCGUUCAUCUUCGCCCGGAAACCUCCCUGGUGACUUCUUUCGGUCUGUGUUGGAUCUUCUACAUCGCAGAUCUAAGUAG